AUGGAAACCACCGGAGAAGACAUAGACUUGGAAAACAAAACUCAGCUUUUUAGCGCCCUACAAGACAACACCCACAUUGUAGGUCAUUAUUUUGACCUGAGGACCAAGUCUUAUUUUGAUAAAGUAAUGGGCCCUGUUUUCGGCGUCAAUACCUAUUGGUACAGACAAGAGUUUGCCAAGUCCAGGGGCAUGAUCCACUGGCACGGGCUAUGCUGGCGGGAAGAUCGGGAACCACACAACCUGAUGUAUGAGGCAAUCCAGAAAGGGUUAAGCAGUGAAGAAUGUGCCAAUGAUCUAUCCAACUGGGCUAAAUCCAAUUGUUCACUGACAGGUUGCCACCCAGCCACCAAGAUGUUGAUGGAUGUCUGUGAAAGUAAGGCAACUCUCCUUGACGACCACCUCCAACUGACAAACCGCAUCAAUAUGCAUAUGUGCUCAGACUACUGUCUGAGGCAUGUCAGAGGAAAAAAAGUGCGGGUUUGUCGAAUGGGCUUUGGAACCGAGGAGGAGCCAGGCCGCGAACUCCGAGAUGUCCCAGCAAUUGUCCUUGAUCACAAUAGAAACAAGAGGCUAGAAAUGGAACGGGAUCAUCCCUCAAUGGUGCAGCACUCCCGACUGCACAUACAGGCUUGGAGGGCCAAUGGUGAUCUCUCCAUCAUUGUUUCAGAAAGCCAGCCAGAGAAUCCGUCCAUCAAUGAGAUUAUUGCCACAGAAAAGUAUGUCAGUGGCUACGCCUGUAAAGGAAAUGAGCCAACCGGAGCUGUCGCAGAUAUCUUCAAAGACAUGGUUAACUCAGCAGACUCAGCAAUCACAGAUGCCAAGUCUUUAUGUUCGAAGCUGCUGAUGAAAACUGUCAAAAGAGAUGUUUCUGCCAUGGAAGCCUCAUAUGAGCUCACAUCCUUGCCAUUGUACAGGUGUAGCCACCAGUUCCAGUCGAUCAGCAUUUCCGGAUUUCGAACUCAGGAGAGGUCUGUCUCCACUUUAACUAAAAACACCCCUCUCGAUAAAUACCUUGCCAGGGAUAAACAGGACAAUGCUUCCUUUUACAACUUCAUGUGUAGAGGAGGUAGAGUACCAGUGAUCAAUGGCAGCAACACAAGGGCAUCAUGGCCAAUGAAUGAAGAUUAUUGCCGCACGAUGCUGGUUUUGCACUGGCCAAACUGGCGACGCCUUGAGGACAUCAAGGAGAACAGAACAUCUCGGACGGACAAAAUGACCAGAUUUCUAACUAUGGAUGAAUGCCCCAAUUUCCUUAGGGCGGAUAUAGAAAGUGCAAGGCGCCAUGACAAUCAGAACCAACAAAAAGACAAAGAUGAACCAUCAGAUUCGGAGGAUACUCAACCAAACAGCCAGUUGCAGCCAGAAUGGAUUGACUUGGUUCAGCCCAACAAGGACUUUGAAGAUGAGGUACAUGACUUCAUUUAUGAUGACGGAGGUCCAGACCGUGAUUGGAGUUCUACAUCUCUUCAAUACCCACUAAGUCUAGGCGUCAAUUGGCUCGAUAGACUUCAAUCAUUAAAACCAAAUAUCGAAAGCCUUGAAAUUCCUAAAGUUGAUCUCCAUACCAUGAAUGUUGAGCAACAAUUUGCCUUCAACAUAGCAAUGCAGACACUUAUGGAUUACAAGGAUGACCCCACUUCAUUUACUACACCGCUAAGAUUAGUUGUAACUGGAACUGCCGGCUCAGGCAAAGCAUACCUGAUCAAGUGUCUUGUUAAAGCAAUAAGAUUGCUUUUCAACAACAACAAAUCUGUUCAAGUUGUCUGUCCCACAGGCAACAGUGCUAAUCUUAUUUCAGGAGUAACACUGCACAGUUUUUUUUAA